AUGAGCACCAGCGACGAGGAGAAAUGUCCGGUUCGCUGCGAGGCCGGGUGCUCGAGUGGGGAACCGUCGUGUGCCCGGGAGAUCCCAUCAUAUGACGUCUUUCUCGGCGGAUCCUGCGGGAAUACGGUAUGGAGGCGGCAGCUCGUAAUUCCGUACUUGAAAAAGCGGGCGAUCAGUUACUAUGACCCGCAGAGGAGCGUGUGGAGUGAGAACAUGAUCUAUGAAGAGAGCAUCGCCAAGGAGAACUCCUCGCUGUUCUUGUUCGUGCUCGACCCCGCUACCGUCAACGCUACCUCCUUCCUGGAAAUUGCCUAUUUUGCGGCCCGAAAGGCUCCAAAAUUGGUCGUCGUUUUCUUAGGAAGAACAGAAUGGCGUGAAAAAGCGCAUCCGGAAGACAUGCCGGAUAGGCUUCGGACUUGCCAUCUUUUGGAUAGAAUCCUUGCGGCGCAUCAGGUUCCGUUGCUACAUAGCAUUGAGGAAGCAUUGAGCUACAUCGAGGAGGAGAUAAUUGGAACGAAAUCGUGGCGAGAGGCCAUGUCCGUGCCAAGCCAGCGGAUACCGUAUCUCGGUCUCAGGACCGCGGCCUGGGGCAAAGUGCGCGAAGCAGCCUCCCGCCUAGCCGUCACCGGAGUCGCAGAUACCGUCCUCCUGGUCGGUACCCACUUCCUCGUCCCAGCCAUCCCUGUCUACUUCCUGCUCAUCCCCCUACUCGUGCUCAACAUCCUCCUCAUCGGCCUCCACUCCAUGUGGAAAAAGGCGAGAAUGCGAAGACCGCGGGGAAUCGUGGAUAUCAGAAUGGGAGCUCGGAUUCCGGUCCCCCGGAUGCAUACCGUAAUCUCACCCCAAGCCACCCAGGUCGAGCGGAAGAUUACGAAGAAGGCAUUGAAGCAGUCGGAGCAGCUGUUGAAGUCUUUUGGGGUUGAUAGAGAUGUGGAGCGGAUGGAGAUGAACCCGUGGCGGAGGGUGUCGCCUUGUCCAUCACCAUCUGAAGCGGUGAAGAGUCCACAGCAGGAUGUCACAUCAUCGCAUGUAUAUUUGGGAUGCUCGAGUUUGGAUGAGCUGGAAUGGGUCAAUAAGCAGGCGGCCCCAUUUUUACAAAAACACGAAAUCGUCUACUCCACCGUCCUCGCCUGCGAUUCCGUACCUCCUGAAGGCCGUAUGGCACUCCUUAAAAAAGGCAGCCGAUCCUUCCGCCAGGUCCUCUACCACAUCCCAUCCACCACCACUUUCUUAAGUGGAAUGGUUGAGAUCGCCUACCUUCUCGGCCACUCGGAUUGGCAAGUCACCUUGUGCGUUUCGAAAGAAGCGGAAACUCUCCAGUCGAAGAAUAGCGACAAGGAGGAUGAGGCGGAGAGGGCGUCGAGGAGAAGGAGAAAUGACUGCUACGCGAUCGCGUUCUGCUACCUGAAAGACAUGGCCAAACGCCAUCAGUGUCGUGUGUUCUCGGAAAUGGAUGAAGCCCUGCACCAGUGCCUGAGAUUGGCUCAUAAUGGAGGAUGC